UACUCUCAGGAUACCCCUACGAUACUAUAAUGAUACUGCUAGGUUACUCUCGUGAUACUCCUAAGAUACUAUCAGGAUACUCCUAGGUUGCUUUUGGGGUACUCCUAAGGUGCUAUCAGGAUACUCCUGAGACACUGUUGGGAUACUCCUUAGAUACUCUCAGGAUGCCCUUAGAACAAUAUCAGGAUACCCCUAAGAUACUGUCCGGGUACCCUCAGGUUACUGUCCGAAUACCCCUAAGAUACCAGUGCACUGGAAAGAGCUCCACUUUGCAGAUGCUGUUGCUGUAGCACAACGAUUCUCUUAGCAUGCUACUCGGAUGCUGCUGGUUCUAGCAAGACACUUCCAGCAUGCUGUGAAGAUACUGCUAAGACACUACCAGGACACUAGAAGAAAUGGUGUUCAGAGUUUUUUGCGAUGCUCUUAGAGGAGUGCUAAGAUACUGUGAGGAUGCUAGCAGCUCGUUGCUGAUAACUAUCCGGCCACCACUAGGAAACUGCUGGCACCCUGCUAAGAUGCUACUCAGACACUGGCCUGACACUAAAAAUGAUGGUGUUUAGAUGUUUUUGGGCCCCCCUCAGGGCAACACUCUGGUGCUUUUGGGAUGCAAGGAGUGUAUUAGUACUAUCAGGCUACUACUAAGAUGCUGCUAGUAUAGUAGCAGGACAACAGGAGUGGCUCUCAGGGUGUAUUCACAACGCUGCUAGGAUGCUCCAAGGGCAGUGGUGAGGUACUAUUGGUUACUACCAGUUUAUUACCAGGUUAUCAUUAGGUUACUACCAGGUCACUGCUAGGUUACUACCAGGUCACUACUAGGUUGCUAUCAGGUCAUUACCAGGUUAUUACUAGGUUAUUAUUGGUUCCUGGGGGCCAGGGAGCCCCAUGAGCCUCACAGGGCCCCUCUCCUGGCAGCUAAGGCGGAGACACGGGUGGUGGCGAGGAUGGAGGCACCCCUGGUGAGCCUGGAGGAGGAGUUCGAGGAGGGCCCCGGCAGCAGCGGCGGCGGGGGGCCCCCACGGGGCCCCACGGACCCGGCGCUGGCUGAGCUCGAGAGCUUCUCGGCCGAGAUGAUGAGCUUCAAGUCAAUGGAGGACCUGGUGCAGGAGUUCGACGAGAAGCUCACUGUCUGCUUCCGCAACUACGACGCCGCCACCGAGGCGCUGGCGCCCGUGCGGGGCCGCCUGCAGGCCCAGGAGGAGGAGGAGCGCCUCCAGGACGAGGAGGUCUGGGAUGCCCUCACUGAUGGUUUCGCCCCCCAUGGCUCCCCCCGGCACUGGCUGCUCCCCGACGCCGAGGCCCCCGAUGGUGCCGACCUGCAGCUCUGCGGGAAGAAGGAGGAGGAGGAGGAGGAGGAUGACGAGGAGGAAGAGCUCACUGAGAGGAGCGAGCACGACUCCGGCAUCAACGAGGAGCCGCUGCUGACAGCUGAGCAGGUCAUCGAGGAGCUGGAGGAGCUGAUGCAGAGCUCACCCGACCCAGAGGCCGACCCCGAGGCUGAAGAGGAGGAGGAGGAGGAGGAGGCUGAGGCCGAGUUGGCAGGCGAUGGCGGGGGCACGGAGCCCAUCCUGCUGCGGGAGCUGCGCACCUUCUCCCCUGCCUUCAACAACAACUGCUCCCACGAAGGCCUGGGGCGGCUAUCGGCGGCGGAGCUGUCGGCGGCGGCAGGGAGGGCAGAGGCGGCGAGCCGGGGGCUCAGCCUCCAGAGCGGGCGCCCCGAGCGCGGCCCCCACAUGCCCCGCAAGCGCUUCAGCAUGGAGGGCAUCUCCAGCAUCCUGCAGACGGGCAUCCGGCACACCUUCGGCUCUGGCACCGCCGACAAGCAGUACCUGAACACGGUGAUCCCCUACGAGAAGAAGGGCUCGCCACCCUCCGUCGAGGACCUGCAGAUGCUCACCAACAUCCUCUUCGCCAUGAAGGAGGGGAACGAGAAGGUGCCAACCCUGCUGACGGACUACAUCCUCAAAGUGCUCUGCCCGACCUGACGCAGCGCUGCCGAAACCGGGGCCAAACCCGAGAAAAACGGGCCACCGCUGCCCCUCACCCCUCCCCCCUCACACUGCCGGGAAAUAAAUAAAUUAAUUCGUUUAAUUAAUUAACCACCCCA